GGAGUCGGGUCGGCGGCGCGAUGAGGCGCAGCAAGGCCGACGUGGAGCGGUACAUUGCCUCGGUGCAGGGCUCCGCCCCGUCGCCGCGAGAGAAAUCGAUGAAAGGAUUCUAUUUUGCAAAACUCUACUAUGAAGCUAAAGAAUAUGAUCUUGCUAAAAAAUAUUUGUCUACAUAUAUUAAUGUGCAAGAGAGGGAUCCCAAAGCUCACAGAUUUCUGGGUCUUCUUUAUGAAGUGGAAGAAAACACAGACAAAGCUGUUGAAUGUUACAAGCGUUCAGUGGAAUUAAAUCCAACACAAAAAGAUCUUGUGUUGAAGAUCGCAGAAUUGCUUUGUAAAAAUGGUAUUACAGAUGGAAGAGCAAAAUAUUGGGUGGAAAGAGCAGCUAAGCUUUUCCCAGGAAGUCCUGCAGUUUAUAAACUAAAGGAACAGCUUUUAGACUGUACAGGUGAAGAUGGAUGGAAUAAGCUUUUUGACUUGAUUCAGUCAGAACUUUAUGCAAGACCUGAUGAUAUCCAUGUGAACAUCCGACUAGUGGAGCUGUAUCGCUCCAAUCAAAGAUUGAAGGAUGCUGUGGCCCACUGCAGUGAGGCAGGGAAGAACAGAGCUUUGCGUUCCAGUUUAGAGUGGAAUUCAUGUGUUGUGGAGACCCUGAAGGAAUAUCUGGAAGCUUUAGAGGGUUCGGACUCUGAUAAAAGUAACUGGCGAACAACCAACAAAGACCUACUUCUGGCCUAUGCUAACCUUAUGUAUCUUACACUUUCCAUGAGGGAUGUGCAGGGAAGUAGAGAAGUACUGGAAGGCUUUGACAGUGCUCUGCGGUCCGUGGAACCCUCUGUGGGGGGAAAUGACGAGCUCUCCGCAGUCUUCUUGGAAGCCAAAGGACAUUUCUACAUGCACGCUGGUUCUCUGCUUUUGAAGAUGGGUCAGCACAGUGACAUCCAGUGGCGAGCUCUCUCUGAGCUGGCGGCCUUGUGCUAUCUCGUAGCGUUUCAGGUUCCCAGACCAAAGAUUAAAUUAUUAAAAGGAGAAGCUGGACACAAUCUGCUGGAAAUGAUGGCCUAUGAUCGACUGAGCCAAUCAGGACACAUGUUGCUAAACUUAAGUCGUGGAAAACAAGACUUUUUAAAAGAGAUCGUAGAAUCUUUUGCUAAUAAAAGUGGACAGUCGGCUUUAUAUGAUGCUCUGUUUUCUAGUCAGUCAUCCAAGGAUAAAUCUUUCCUUGGUAAUGAUGAUAUUGGAAGCAUUGACCUGCAGUCACCCGAGUGGGAUGAAUUGGCCAGAUACGAUGUUGGUGCCGUUCGAGCACACAAUGGCAGUCUGCAGCACCUUACCUGGCUUGGCUUGCAGUGGGCUUCAUUGCCUAGCUUACCUGCAAUUCGAAAAUGGCUGAAACAGCUCUUUCAUCAUCUGCCCCAGGAAACCUCAAGACUUGACACGAAUGCACCUGAAUCCAUAUGUAUUUUAGAUCUUGAAGUAUUUUUACUUGGAGUCAUAUAUACCAGCCACUUACAAUUAAAGGAGAAAUCUAGUUCUCACCACAGCUCCUACCAACCUCUGUGCUUGCCACUUCCUGUAUGUAAACAGCUUUGUACAGAGAGGCAGAAAUCUUGGUGGGAUGCAGUUGGUAAUCUAAUUCACAGAAAGGCAACACCUGGAACUUCAGCAAAAUUACGACUUCUGGUUCAGCAUGAAAUACACACCCUGAGAGGCCAGGAAAAACAUGGGCUUCAACCGUCUCUGCUUGUGCAUUGGGCAAAAUGCCUUCAGAAAACGGGCAGCAACCUUAAUUUCUUUUAUGAUCAACGGGAUUACAUAGGCAGAAGCGUUCAUUAUUGGAAAAAAGUUUUGCCUUUGUUGAAGACAAUCAGGAAGAACAACAGUAUUCCUGAACCUGUGGAUCCUCUGUUUAAGCAUUUUCAUAGUGCAGACAUUCCGGCAUCUGAGAUUGGUGAAUACGAAGAGGAGGCACACAUGACCUUUGCUAUAUUAGAUUCAAUUAAUGGAAAUGUAGAAGAGGCUGUGACUGCUUUUGAAUCGAUAAAAAAUGUCUUUUCUUAUUGGAAUCUUGCACUGAUUUUUCAGAGGAAAGCAGAAGACAUUGAAAGUGAUGGCCUUUCUCCUGAAGAACAAGAAGAAUGCAAAAACUAUCUGAGAAAGAGCAGGGACUACCUGAUAAAGAUUAUAGAUGAGAGUGACUUAGAUCUAUCAGUGGCCCGGAAAUUGCCUGUGCCUCUGGAGUCCGUCAGAGAGAUGCUCAAUUCAGUCAUGCAGCAGCUUGCAGACUACAGCGAAGGAGGUGCUUUUUAUAAAAAUGGUUUUUUACGGAAUAUGGAUUCAGAAGUCAAACACUCUACACCAUCUCCCACCUUAUUUUCUCUUUCACCUAGUAAAAGCUACAAGUAUUCUCCCAAAACACCACCUCAAUGGGCGGAAGAUCAAAAUUCUUUGCUGAAAAAGAUCUGCCAACAAGUAGAGGACAUUAAGAGAGAAAUGCAGGAACUGAAACUAAAUAGCAGUAAUUCAGCAUCUCCUCAUCGUUGGCCCACAGAGAAUUAUGGACCAGACUCAGUGCCUGAUGGUUUUCAGGGAUCACAGACUUUUCCUGGAGCGUCAUUAACAGUUUCAACUACUGGUCCUUCGGUGUAUUAUAGUCAGUCACCAGCGUAUAAUUCCCAGUAUCUUCUCAGACCAGCAGCUAAUGUUACUCCCACAAAGGGUCCAGUUUAUGGCAUGAACAGGCUUCCACCCCAGCAGCAUAUUUAUGCAUAUUCACAACAGAUGCACACACCACCGGUACAAAACUCGUCUGCUUGUAUGUUCUCUCAGGAGAUGUAUGGUCCUCCAUCGCGUUUUGAGUCUCCUGCAACAGGAAUUAUGUCACCCAGGGGUGAUGAUUAUUUUAAUUACAAUGUUCAGCAGACAAACACUAAUCCAUCUUUGCCAGAACCAGGGUAUUUCACAAAACCACCUCCAGUUGCGACUCCUGCUUCAAGAUCUACAGACUCCAAGGGUAUAGAAUUUGGAAAAACAAAUUUUGUUCAGCCUGUGCAAGGUGAAGGGGUAAGGCCACCGUUGACGACUCCAGCGCAUACAGCACAACCGACUUCUUUCAAGUUUAACUCCAAUUUUAAAUCAAAUGAUGGGGACUUCACGUUUUCUUCCCCUCAGGUUGUAACACAGCCUGCUCCCACACCUUCCAGCAAUAGUGAGAGGCUUCUAGUGCUUCUGACUUCAGAUAAACCUUUGCAAGGAGAUUGCUAUAGUGGACACAAACCUACUCCUAAUCAAAGCACUGGACCUCGAAAUGCAUUCAAUUUUGGAAGCAAAAAUGUGUCUGGAAUUUCAUUUACAGAAAACAUGGGGCCAAAUCAGCAAAAGAAUUCCGGUUUCCGUAGGAGUGAUGAGAUGUUUACUUUCCAUGGUGCAGGCAAGUCACUGUUUGGGUCGCCUGCUCCAGAGCUCGCAAGCAAGACUCCUGAUCCCGAUACAGGAAGUGUGCAAGGGGACGAUGAUGACGACGGCCCUCACUUUGAGCCGGUGGUUCCUCUUCCUGAUAAGGUUGACGUGAAGACGGGUGAGGAAGAUGAAGAAGAAUUCUUUUGUAACCGUGCAAAAUUAUUUCGUUUUGAUGGAGAAUCCAAAGAAUGGAAGGAACGUGGGAUUGGCAAUGUAAAAAUACUGAGGCAUAAAAUAUCUGGUAAAAUGCGCCUUCUCAUGAGGCGAGAGCAGGUAUUGAAAAUUUGUGCAAAUCAUUAUAUUAGUCCAGAUAUGAAAUUGACACCGAAUACUGCAUCAGACAAAUCUUUUGUAUGGCAUGCUCUUGAUUAUGCAGAUGAGUCACCCAAACCAGAACAGCUAGCUAUCAGAUUCAAAACUCCUGAGGAAGCAGCACUUUUUAAGUGCAAGUUUGAAGAGGCCCAGAGCAUUUUAAAAGCUUUGGGAACAAAUUCAGCAGCAGCACCAAAUGAGACCGUCAGAUUAGUGAAAGAUUCCACAAGCCAUGACAAUAAGGACAUUUGUAACUCAGAUGCUGGAACCAUGAAGUUUGAUUUUCAAGUUGCAAAGAAUGAAUGGUCUUGGUGGCAGUGUAACAGCUGUUCUUUUAAGAAUGCUGCAACUGUGAAGAAAUGUGUAUCAUGCCAAAAUCUCAAGUCAAGCAAUAAAGAGUUCCUUGGCCCACCAUUAGUUGAAACCGUUCCCGUUCCUAAAACUGGCCCAGAAAGCAAUCAGGAUAGAUUUGCCUCAGUGGCUGCAAUGAAAGAAGGUCAGUGGGAUUGUAAUGUUUGCUUAGUAAGAAAUGAACCUACUGUAUCUAAGUGCAUUGCAUGCCAGAAUACAAAACCCGCUAACAAGAGUGGAUCUUCAUUUGUUCAUCAGGCUUCCUUUAAAUUUGGCCAGGGAGAUCUCCCCAAGUCUGUGAGUAGUGAUUUCAGAUCUGUGCUUUGUAUGAAGGAGGGACAGUGGGAUUGCAGCUCAUGCUCAACACGAAAUGAAGGGAGCUCUACAAAAUGUGCUGGCUGUCAGAACCCAAGGAAGCAGAAUCAGCCUACCUGUGUUUCAGCACCUGUCUCUUUUACAUUUGCUGCUUCAGAGGCAGGUAAAGCACCACAGAGCAAAGGAUUUGAGGGCAUGUUCUCCAAGAAGGAGGGACAGUGGGACUGCAGUGUGUGCUUAGUAGGGAAUGAAGCAAAUGCUACAAAAUGCGUUGCUUGUCAGAAUCCAGGUAAAUCAGGUCCGUCUGCUGCAGCUCCUGCAGCUCCUGCAGCUCCUGCAGCUCCGGCCUCUUUCAAGUUUGGUAUUUCAGAGACAACCACUCCUAAGAGUGGGUUUGAGGACAUGUUCACCAAGAAGGAGGGACAGUGGGACUGCAGUGCAUGCUUAGUACGGAACGAAGCAGCUGCUACAAAAUGCGUUGCUUGUCAGAGUCCGAGGAAACAGAAUGAGCCGACUUCUGUUCCUGCAUCUGCCUCUUCAGAGAUGUGCAAGGCUCCAAAGAAUGGACUAGAAGGAAUGUUCGCCAAAAAGGAAGGAGAGUGGGAUUGCAGUGUUUGCUUUGUACGAAAUGGAAGUUCUUCCUUAAAAUGUAUGGCUUGUGAUGCGGCUAAUCCAACUGCUAAACCUGUGGCGGAAGCUCCCUCAGCAUCCACGUUGGGCUCUAAAGCAAAGUUCAGUGACUCUUCUGUAAGUCAGGUGGAAACAGGAUUCAAAAGUAACUUUUCAGAAAAAACUGUUAAAUUUGGAAGUACAGAGCAAGGAUUUAAGUUUGGACAUGUGGAUCAAGAAACUAAACCUUCAUUUACAUUUCAGGGUUCUAACACAGACUCUCAGUCAGCAAAAGAAGGAUUUUCAUUUUCCAUUCCUGCGUCUGCUGGCGGGUUUAAGUUUGGUAUUCAGGAACAAGGAAAUCAAGAGAAGAAGGAAAACUACCCUGAAAAUGAUGCUGGCUUUCAGAUACAGGAUGCUAGCAGCCAGAAAAAUGAUAGUGGUGUGAUCUUUGGUCAGAAAAGUAGCACUUUCACCUUUGCAGAUCUUGCAAAAUCAACUUCAGGAGAAGGAUUUCAAUUUGGCACAAAAGACCCCAAUUUCAAGGGAUUUUUAGGUGCUGGAGAAAAGUUAUUCUCCUCACAGAGUGGGAAAGUGGCCGAGAAAGCCAACACGUCCGCUGACGUUGAGAAAGACGACGACGCCUACAAGACAGAGGACAGUGAUGACAUCCACUUUGAGCCGGUAGUUCAGAUGCCUGAGAAAGUGGAGCUCGUAACAGGAGAAGAAGACGAGAAAGUUCUGUAUUCACAGCGGGUGAAAUUAUUUAGAUUUGAUGCCGAGAUCAGUCAGUGGAAAGAAAGGGGUCUGGGGAAUUUAAAAAUCCUCAAAAACGAGGUGAACGGAAAACUAAGAAUGUUGAUGCGAAGAGAACAAGUCCUGAAGGUUUGUGCUAAUCAUUGGAUAACAACUACGAUGAAUCUGAAGCCUCUGUCUGGAUCUGACCGAGCAUGGAUGUGGUUAGCUAGUGAUUUCUCUGAUGGUGAUGCCAAACUAGAGCAGCUGGCAGCAAAAUUUAAAACCCCAGAGCUGGCUGAAGAAUUCAAGCAGAAAUUUGAGGAGUGUCAGCGACUGCUGUUGGAUAUACCACUUCAAACUCCCCAUAAACUCGUAGAUACUGGCCGAGCUGCCAAGUUAAUACAGAGGGCUGAGGAGAUGAAGAGUGGACUGAAAGAUUUCAAAACGUUUCUGACAAAUGAUCAAGCCAAAGUCAGUGAUGAAGAGAGUAAGUGUUCCGGGGCAGGUUCUGCCGGCGCUUCCGACACCACGGUCAAACCGAAUCCUGAAAACACCGGGCCCACCUUGGAGUGGGAUAACUAUGAUUUGAGAGAAGAUGCUCUAGAUGAUGGUGUAAGCAGCAGUUCAGUGCAUGCCUCUCCGCUGGCAAGCAGCCCUGUGAGAAAAAACCUUUUCCGCUUUGGUGAGUCAACGACUGGAUUUAACUUCAGUUUUAAGUCUGCUUUGAGUCCAUCUAAAUCUCCUGCCAAAUUGAAUCAGAGCAGGGUUUCGGUAGGCACCGAUGAAGAGUCUGAUGUGACCCAGGAAGAAGAGAGAGAUGGACAGUAUUUUGAGCCUGUUGUACCUUUGCCCGAUCUAGUUGAGGUUUCCAGUGGGGAGGAAAAUGAGCAAGUGGUUUUCAGUCACAGAGCAAAACUGUACAGGUAUGAUAAAGACGCCGGUCAGUGGAAAGAAAGGGGCAUUGGCGAUAUAAAGAUUCUACAGAAUUAUGACAAUAAGCAAGUUCGUAUAGUGAUGAGAAGGGACCAGGUAUUAAAACUUUGUGCCAAUCACAGAAUAACUCCAGAUAUGACUUUGCAAAAUAUGAAGGGGACAGAAAGAGUAUGGGUGUGGACUGCCUGCGAUUUUGCGGACGGUGAAAGAAAAAUAGAACACUUAGCUGUCCGUUUUAAACUACAAGAUGUUGCAGACUCAUUUAAGAAAAUUUUCGAUGAAGCAAAAGCAGCACAAGAAAAACAUUGUUUGGUAACACCGCAUGUUUCUCGGUCCAGCACUCCCAGAGAGUCGCCCUGUGGCAAGAUUGCCGUGGCUGUGUUCGAAGAAACUACACGAGAGAGAACAGAUUUAAAUCAGGGCAAUGACCUACCAGAAACAACUUCAGAAGUUGGAGAAGUGCUUAGCGUAUCUGAAGCCACAACAAAGGCUGUGGUGUCUCCUCCCAAGUUUGUGUUUGGUUCAGAGUCUGUUAAAAGCAUUUUUAGUAGUGAAAAAUCAAAGCCAUUUGCAUUUGGCAAUAGUUCAGCCACUGGGUCUUUGUUUGGAUUCAGUUUUAAUGCACCUUUGAAAAAUAACAGUGAAACUAAUUCGUUAGUCCCGAAUGGAUCUGAAAAGGAGGUCGAGCCUAGCAAACGUGAGCUGUCAAAAAACUUGGACACCAAACAUCCUUCAGAUGGCAAAACCAGAAGUCUCUCUGUGUCGUUUCCAAAGGAAGAAGCCUCUGCCAGUUACGUAUUUAAAACACCAGAAAAGGCAAAAGAGACAAAAGACCCUGAAGAUCUUGCCUCAGAUGAUGUUCUCAUUGUGUAUGAACUAACCCCGACUCCUGACCAAAAAGCCCUUGCAGCUGAACUUAAACUUCCUCCAACUUUCUUCUGCUAUAAGAAUAGACCAGAUUAUGUUAGUGAAGAAGAUGACGAUGAUGAAGACUUUGAAACAGCUGUCAGAAAACUUAAUGGAAAACUCUAUCUGGAUGACUCAGAAAAACGUAAGCCCGCAGAAGAAAACCCAGCAGAUCACGAGAAAGAAUGUGUCAUUGUUUGGGAAAAGAAGCCAACAGUUGAAGAGAAAGCGAAAGCAGAUAUGUUAAAGCUCCCACCAACAUUUUUUUGUGGAGUUUGCAGUGAUACUGAUGAGGACAAUGGAAAUGGGGAAGACUUUCAGUCAGAGCUUCAGAAAGUUCAGGAAGCUCAAAAGUCCCAGAGUGAGGAAGUGACUGCUGCUUCGGUGGGGACAUCUGAAGAGCCUGAUGGUGUCGGCAAACACCUCGGUUUACCGUCUGUGCCCUCUGGAGCUGCAGACAAGCCUGUGGAUCUGUCUACCAGAAAGGAAGCGGAUCCAGAUUCUACAAGCCAAGUGGAAAGCAAGACACUUUCAUUUGGAUUUGGAAGUGGCACAGGGCUGUCAUUUGCAGACUUGGCUUCCAGUAAUUCUGGGGAUUUUGCUUUUGGUCGUAAAGAUACAAAUUUCCAGUGGGCCAAUACUGGUGCAGCUGUAUUUGGAGCGCAGGCAGCUAGUAAAGGUGGUGAAGAUGAGGGUGGGAGUGAUGAAGAGGUGGUUCAUAACGAUGACAUCCACUUUGAACCAAUAGUAUCAUUACCAGAGGUAGAAGUAAAAUCUGGAGAAGAGGAUGAAGAAAUUGUGUUUAAAGAGAGAGCCAAACUUUACAGAUGGGAUCGCGACGCCAGCCAGUGGAAGGAGCGUGGUGUGGGCGACAUCAAGAUCCUUUGGCACAGGAUGAAGAACUAUUACCGGAUCCUCAUGAGGAGAGACCAGGUCUUCAAAGUGUGUGCAAACCAUGUCAUCACCAAAACAAUGGAACUAAAGCCCUUAAAUGUUUCCAAUAAUGCUUUAGUUUGGACUGCUUCAGAUUAUGCUGAUGGAGAAGCAAAAGUGGAGCAGCUUGCAGUGAGAUUUAAAACAAAAGAGAUGGCUGAUUGUUUUAAGAAAAAAUUUGAAGAAUGUCAACAGAACUUGCUGCAGAAAGGGCAGGUGUCCCUGGCAGCCGAGUUAUCAGCAGAGAGCAACCCGGUCGUGUUCUUUGACAUUGGCGCAGAUGGAGAGCCUCUAGGGCGGAUAAUCAUGGAAUUAUUUUCAAAUAUUGUUCCUCAGACUGCGGAGAACUUUCGAGCACUGUGCACUGGGGAGAAGGGCUUUGGCUUUAAGAACUCCAUUUUCCACAGAAUAAUUCCAGAUUUUGUUUGCCAAGGGGGAGAUAUCACCAAACAUGAUGGAACAGGAGGAAAGUCUAUUUAUGGAGAUAAAUUUGAAGAUGAAAAUUUUGUUGUGAAGCACACUGGUCCUGGCUUACUGUCCAUGGCCAAUAGGGGCCGGGAUACCAACAAUUCUCAGUUUUUUAUAACACUGAGAAAAGCAGAACAUUUGGACUUUAAGCAUGUAGUAUUUGGAUUUGUUAAGGCUGGCAUGGAUACUGUGAGGAAGAUGGAGUCAUUUGGUUCUCCUAAAGGCUCUGUCAGCCGAAGAAUUAGUAUCACAGAGUGUGGGCAGAUAUAAAAAUAAUGACAAAAUCAUUGUGUUUAAGUAAAUUUUAUCUGUAUAAGCAGUUGAAUCAAAGCUUAGCUGUUACAAUAUGAUAAUUAUGUUCAGCUUUUGAAAAUGAACGUUUCAAAUGUAUAAAUGUACAAUUGCAGCUUAUAGCUGUUGUCAAUUUUUAAUGUGUUAUAAUUGACCUUGCAUGGUGUGAAAUAAAAGUUUAAACACUGGUGUAUUUCAGGUGUACUUGUGUUUAUGUACUCCUGAUAUAUCUGUAGUAAAAUGGAAUAAGAUUAAUCUUGUUAAAAGCAAUAUACCUUCAUAGACUAUUGAAGGGAUAAAAUAUAUGCAAUUUAAUUUUAGUUCCUUUUAAGAUAUGUGGACUUGAAGCAUGGAUCUGUACUGACCGUCUGAGUCGAGGGACCACAGCUGGGCUAGUUUUCCUUUGGAUCUGAGACCUACUGGCAGCCCUAACUGUCGGUGUGCUCCUUCUGCACAGUGGGUAGAGCCACGGAAGGUAGUUAACCAAAGUGCUCUUCUGUAAUCUUGCACCGUUUGUAUAGUUUACAAAUGCAUUUUUAAGUGGAGUACCUUCUUUGCCUAAACUAUAUAUCUUCUUGUGCUCUUUCCAAGGUGUUAAUUUUUUUUUUACAUUUUAAGCAAGUUGACGAUUUCCUUUUUUUUUUUUUUUAAACUUUUUUGGUCAUCUGUCUCUACUACCUCAGAAAUUUCAACUUGGUCCUGAUGAUAGAGAUUAAAUUUUUUCCUUGCAGUUAUUGUGAUAUGGUAUGAAUAUUUUUAAAAGGUCUAUAACCAUGUUAAAGAUUUGCUUUAUACUAGAUUGUCGCAGUAUCUUUCUCUGGUGAAUUUUGUAGCAGAAAUAAAGUGACAAUUGACAACAGUCAAGAUAUUUAAAAAGUUCA